AUGGUUGGGAAGAUCUUCGCCCGCAUCCCUCCCAAGUGUCUGAGCAACCGUCUGGGACAGGAUCUUCUGCCGGAAAGUCAGUGCGGAUUCCAACGACAUUGUGUAACCACUGACAUGAUCUUCGUCGCCCGCCAACUGCAGAAUAUGCGUCAGGAGAUGCGAACCCACCUCUACUCUACCUUCGUGGAUCUGACGAAAGCCUUCGACACGGUGAAUAGUGAAGGACUGUGGAAAAUCAUGCAGAAAUUCGGCUAUUCCGAACGAUUCACUCAGAUGGUGCGUCAGCUCCACGAUAGCAUGAUAGCGCGAGUCACGGACGAUAGGGCUGACUCUGAGGCAUUCGCAGCGACCAACGGAGUGAGGUAGAUCUGCGUCUUUGCGCCUACCGAUGGACGCCGACCGUGACGAACGUCCCGGAUCCGCAUCUUCAACAGGACGGACGGCCAGCUCUUCAAUCAACGGUGAAUGUACUUCCAGUCGCGUGUAUUCACAAUUAUCGUCCAUGAACUUGUCUUCGCCGACGACUACGCCCUCAACGCCACCUAGGAUUGGACAUGCAAAGGAGCAUGGACCUCAUCACCGCCGCUCGUGACAACUUCGGCCUGGUCAUCAGCACGGAGAAGAUGGUAAUAAUGCAUCAACUGUCACCCGACGCUGCCUAAGUCACAUUCCAAAUUAACCUGAACGGCGCCCAAAUUCAAACCGUGGACAAUUUCACCUACCUGGGCAACACCCUAUCUAGCAGUACCAAAAUCGACAAUAAAGUGGCCCGCAGCAUUUCCAGGGCCAGCCAAGCCCUCGAUCUCCUGCAAAAUACAGUCUGCAAUCGCCACGGUCUCCAUCUCAGCAAGAUGAACAAGGCAGUCAUCUUGCCGACGAUGCUGUACGGAACGGAGACCCAUGUGGUCUACGAGGAGCACGCGCGGAGGCUCAACCACUUCCACCUCAGCUGUCUUCGACGGAUACUACAGCUGAGAUGGCAGGACCGGAUUCCCGAUACGGAUGAACUGGAGCGGACGGGAAUCCUCAGCAUUUACGCCAUGCUAAGACAACAGCAAAUGCGCUGA